AUUUAUUUAUCUUUGAUCUAAUAUUCUCUCUCAUUUUGCAAGCAUUCAUAUUUUACUUUAUUCUUUUUUUAGUUUUUAUGAUUAAAAUAAAAAAAAUCAAAUUUAUUUUGCGUUAUUUUAUAUUUAUUUCUGUAAUAUUACGUGAUUUUUCUAUUAUAACGAUGGGCCACCAUAGAGGUGCUUGGUCUCAAAGGCAAGGGAAGUUCUUUGAGGUACCAAGCUGUUAGUAAUCAACCUUUUGAAGAGCGCGAGCAAAACGAGUCACAGACGACAUGUGUGAAAAUAACAUGUGUAGACAGCAAAUUCUUUAUUGUCGUCUGUUUGAUCUAGAAGUCUUAGCAAAAUGAAUUAGAAAGAAAACCACCCAUGCGUAUUAAAAAAAUGUGUCUGAACUUAGCGUUAGAGCUUUUGCAAGGCUUAUUUUAUAUUAAACACCUACAAAACAUUUUAGGACAGGAGAACAAUAAUCGCAAAGAGUACAAAAAUCAGCAGAAGAGGAACCCCACGUUAGAAAAACAGUCUUUUGUGAAUCCUUUCUUCGAGCGUAAAGUCACAUUCUCUUCUAUUUUUAAUUUUAAGCUAACGCUACUUAAAAGCCGCCAGUUUAUUUCCGGAGGGCCUACGGAAACCUCAACCGUUAGGAGCCAAAAGAAUCUAUUAAAAUCCGAGAUAUUUAACAGGCCAUCCGCUCUAAAUUAUCAGUCACAUCCUCAAAGAAACUUCCACUAGACACACUGUUUUCACAAUUUUUAAAUAUUUUUCCCGUUUUCUUCGGAGAUCGUUACGAAGUCGGCCGGAAGUAAACUGGUGAAUAUGCGGCUUUAAAUCCCUCAAUCACCUAUUUAUCGAUUCACAAGAACCCCGGCUUUUAGAACCAAGAGAACAGAAAUUUAAAAUGGUGCGUAAAAACAAAGCCUUUUAGACUACUUGCCCUUCUUGCGCUCUCGUAAAAAGUUUGGGUGUAUUUUGUUUUAUUACUCUAAUACAAUUAAUGCGGGAUAUGAAAAGUUGUUAUAAGAUACGGUAUCGAAAAUGCUCGAGCGGCGAAGUCUUUUGAAGUUAUACGGGGAGGUGCUUAUUUCAAAAUUCGUUAAGAUAAAAAAAGGGUUUUUGUAUAACAUGGAGCACGUUUAUUGGUCGUAGUUGGUAGUUUUUGAUACUUCUCUUCUAAUGUUCCCUUCUUCAUGGGAGUCUGGUGCAACCCGUCGAGGCAAGACGCUCAUUCAUACAUUUCACUUUUCAGUCCCUACAGACAAUCCUCUUUGUCAUUAUUGUUUUUAUUGUCCGUCAUGCUUAAAACUUCCGCUAGAAAUCUCUUCCGGACACUCCCACACUCAGUUUAUUAUCAAGGCCUUUUGACCUCUCGGCGUGUCACCACGUUUCCGGUAACCAUUAUCAUUCAAUACGCAGGAAUCAGCCAAUAAGCUACCGCGAUUGGUGUACAAAUAGCAAGGGAUUUCCGAACGGUUUUGCUAGUUUCCUAUCCACUUCGUAUCAGUACGUAAAGAAGAGCCAAACGCCUAGUUACACUUCUCAGAAUUUGUUUGGUCAAAGAGUAGGUACGAGUGAUGCAAUCAUGAAACAACUAAUGGAGUUUUCGUCUUUUGGUGGCUUUGUGAAGAAGACGCACUUUUCAUAUUUCCAAACACUGAUGUUUAAGAAAGAGGAAAUGGGAAUUGGUCCAUGUUUAGCGUGCGUCUUAACUCGACAUAAUCAACACGGAGAGCGAAAAUCGCCAGACCAAUGUGCCUGGUCACCUGGAGGAUCAGACCAAUCUCCAUCCACCCAAAGCCCCACCUCCCCGACUGCCCCAUCAUUCCUGGCCCACCCGCAGUCCUUUUGUCCUCGAGUCCAAUUCCUGAAUUUAAAGCAAGUGUACCUGAAGGCGCAAAGCCGUGUGGGAAGGGAGUCUAAGCAGCGACUGAUUGAUUCGCGGGUCCGCAUGAUUGCGACAUUUCAUGCGCAGAUACAGCAGAUUCAUGUAUACGUGGAACGAGCACCAGAGUCCGCCAUGUUAUGUGGAGAUCAUACCGGAAGGGUACCGCUCACCGUUAAGAUGGGCGAGCUAGCCACAGUAGACAAGCAAUAUUUCUCCGUUGAUCUCGACUCCGUCUAUACUUCUCCGCAAGGCAUGCCGGUCUACAAGCUUUCCACUGUGGACGCUGACAAAAGAAAUCGCUUUCGCAUAGUCGUGAUUGUCGUGUGUCUUGGCGAUACUAAGUCGACGCCACACUACAGCCGACCGUUCCUUAUAAGAAGCCGGCGGUCAUCCAGACAGGGUUCCAUAUCAUGAAAAAGCAGGACCGCUAACGUAUAUCGAGAAACUGGGGGACUCUCCAUGAAAUAGAAGAGGGAAAUGUGUUUGUUUUUACAGUGCUUUAUUGCUUCUACCAUACCUAAAAAUCCUGUCCUGUAGAUGCUCUACUUUAUAGUGUUUAUGGCAAAACGACCGUUUACAAAAGGGGAAUUUCUUGUUUUAAGGAAAUUCAUUUACACAAACGCGAACAAUAUUUUGAUAGACUCGACGAUCAUAUAGCCAGCCUUGAAAAGGCCUAUACCACAGUACCUUUAUAACAGUUGUGUGCUUAUCAUUUAUCGGCCAAAGUUCCCCACAAUUUAGUGCCCUCUUCUGUAUUCAUUCAUUUUUAUUUUAUUUAUUUAUUUUUUUUUUUUUUUACUAAUUUUGUUCUGCCGUGUCAAUGAAAGGUUGUUUCCCCGGGGACGAUAAAUCUGAUUUCAUAUCAAUUUUAGGCUAGUUUGGGUUUUGUCAUGCGCGAUAGAGUUCAACAGCAGCGCUCGCUGGUAAACGUGUCGUCAACAUUCAAAAUGAAUCAAAACUAUGGCCAGGGCUUAAGAAUACGCAAAUGUUUUUUUACUCUAAUGACACUGAAGACGUUUGCAUGGUAGCUACGAUGAGCCUGCCCCUUUAAGUGACCACUGAACUGUCUAGUGCACUCGGAUUCCCACGCUGAUUACUUGGGUACGACCUUCCCGAAGUUUUUGAUUAAAAUCCGGGUAUCGAUAUGUGUCUGAAAAUGCCGCUGACCGGAAGAAGGGUGUCGUCCAAUCACCGCACCAUUGAUUACAUAGCUUCACACACGUGUUAUACAGUCCGCUGAGAUGAAAACCUGACGAGAAAAAUAAAGAACGUCCAAUUAUGGCGUCUUCAAGAAUAACACGGAUUACAUUAGGCAAUAAAUACUUCAAAUAAACUCAA